AUACCCGAGCCCAGCAGUAAAAAAGUUGGGGAGGCGAGGAGGUGGAGAGGAGAGGGGGAGCCGCGAAUCGGAGUGGGGGUUCGGAAGGCGUAGCUCAGUCCGGCCGGCGAGAAUUCGCGCGAUUCGGGCGCGGGUCUGGCAGGGGUGGGGGGCGAGCGCGCGAGGGGAGGCGCCGCGGAUGUGAAGAUCUGGUCGGAUGGCUGCUGCGGAGGCGGGAGGUGGCGAGGGGGAUGGAGCUUCGGCCGCGGGGGCGCGAGGCGGCGGCGGAGGCGGAGGCGGAGGACGGACGGAGGACGGGAUGUACACGGAGCUGUGGAAUCUCUGCGCCGGCCCGCUGGUGACGGUGCCGAGGGUUGGGGACAAGGUGUACUACUUCCCGCAGGGCCACAUCGAGCAGGUGGAGGCAUCGACCAACCAGGUGUCUGAGCAGCACAUGCAACUGUACAAUCUCCCAUGGAAGAUCCUGUGUGAGGUCAUGAACAUUGAAUUGAAGGCCGAGCCGGACACCGAUGAGGUUUAUGCUCAGCUCACUCUGCUCCCUGAAUCAAAGCAAGAGGAGAAUGCCUCUAGUGAGGAGGAGAUGCCUGCAACGCCACCAGCUGCGCCUGUGAGGCCACGUGUGCACUCGUUCUGCAAGACAUUGACAGCCUCGGACACGAGCACACAUGGCGGUUUCUCGGUGCUGCGACGCCAUGCCGAUGAGUGUCUCCCGCCACUGGAUAUGAGCCGUCAGCCUCCAACUCAAGAGCUGGCUGCCAAGGAUCUGCAUGGUGUGGAAUGGCGCUUUCGCCAUAUAUUCAGAGGUCAGCCACGAAGACAUCUUUUGCAGAGUGGCUGGAGUGUUUUUGUUAGCGCCAAGCGACUUGUGGCUGGGGAUGCCUUCAUCUUUCUAAGAGGUGAGAACGGGGAACUACGUGUGGGAGUUAGGCGUGCAAUGAGGCAGCAAGCUAUUGUUCCGUCUUCAGUAAUCUCAAGCCACAGCAUGCAUCUUGGUGUUCUUGCUACAGCAUGGCAUGCUGUUAACACUGGAACCAUGUUCACUGUCUAUUACAAGCCUAGGACAAGUCCAUCUGAGUUUGUGGUCCCUUGUGAUCGCUAUAUGGAAUCGCUGAAACGAAAUUACUCUAUAGGAAUGAGAUUUAAGAUGAGGUUUGAAGGUGAAGAGGCUCCAGAGCAAAGAUUCACUGGCACCAUUGUCGGAAUGGCGGAUUCUGAUCCAGCUGGAUGGGCCGAAUCAAAAUGGCGUUCCCUUAAGGUGAGGUGGGAUGAAGCUUCCUCUAUUCCUCGUCCUGAAAGGGUUUCUCCUUGGCAAAUAGAACCUGCUGUAAGCCCUCUCCCCAUCAAUCCACAUCCAGUGCCUAGAACCAAGAGGCUUCGCCCUAAUGUUCUAGCUUCCCUACCUGACUCUUCAGCUCCAACAAAAGAAGCUGCUCCUAAAGUCACAGUAGAGACUCAACAAAAUGCCUUACAAAGGGCCUUGCAGACCCAAGAGAAUGCGACCCCGAAGUGUGGUUUUGGCGGUAACAGCGAACUGGAUGUUGCUCAGAAGUCAGUCCUGCGAUCAUCAGGAUUUGAUCACGAGAAAAAUGCCAUUGGUAUGCAGAGGAAGCUAGGUUCAGAUAGUUGGAUGCAGAUGAACAGGCCUGAGAGUUACAAGGACAUGUUAUCAGGAUAUCAGCCACCUAAAGAUGUACAGAAUCCACAGGGUUUCUGUCCCUUACCUGAGCAGAUUGCUGCAGGUCAUUCUAACUUCUGGCACACCAUAAAUGCUCAUUAUCAAGAUCAGCAAGGUAAUCAUAAUCUGUUCCCUGGCUCAUGGUCCAUGAUGCCUCCAAGUACCGGCUUUGGGUUGAACAGACAGAACUAUCCAGUGAUACAGGAAGUCGGUGGGUUGCCUCAAAGUUCUGUAAAUACAAAGUUUGGGAAUGGAGUUUAUGCUUCGCUACCAGGCCGUGGCAUUGAUCAAUACUCAGUUGGCUGGUUUGGCCAUAUGAUACCUGGUGCCCGCAUGGAUGAUGCACAGUCACGCCUGAUCAAGCCUCAACCUCUGGUUGUUGGUCAUGCUGAUCCACAGAAAACAAAGGGAAAUUCAUGCAAACUUUUUGGAAUUCAUCUUGACAGCCCAGCCAAAUCUGAACUUUUGAAUUCUCCAACAAGUGUUGUAUAUGAUGGAACGCCACAAACUCUAGGGGCAGCUGAAUGGCGUCAGCCAGACGCAACUGAAGUAGAGAAGUGUUCUGAUCCACCUAAGACUCCGAAGCAACUCGAUACUCCACAAGCAGAUUCUGUUCCAGAGAAGCAUCUUUCUUGUCCACAAGCUUCAAGAAGCAUGCAGUGCAAAUCACAAGGUGGAUCAACUAGGAGCUGCAAGAAGGUCCACAAGCAAGGAAUUGCACUUGGCAGGUCUUUGGAUCUUACAAAGUUCAAUGGUUACAUGGAAUUAGUCGCUGAGCUGGAUGAGAUGUUUGACUUCAACGGCGAGCUGAAAAGUUCUAACAAGGAAUGGAUGGUUGUCUACACCGAUAACGAAGGCGACAUGAUGCUGGUUGGGGAUGAUCCCUGGAAUGAAUUCUGCAAUAUGGUCCAUAAGAUCUUCAUCUACACAAGGGAGGAGGUCCAGCGGAUGAAUCCGGGUGCACUGAACUCGAGGUCGGAAGAUAGCCUUGCUAACUCCAUGGAAAGGGGCUCUGCUGCCAGGGAAAUGCGAGUCUGCUUACCCACCUCGUCACUUAAUUCCGAGAACUGCUAAAUCCUCCUCAGCUGGCCUUUCAAACUAACCAGGGGGACAAAAAGCGAUGUAUCCGUAGGAGAAAAUGCUUUCUGUAGUGAAGCUAAUGGUUUCUGUGUAUUGGAUGAGCCCAAAGUACCCUAGUAUUUAUAGAUGGUGCUUGUCCUAUUGGCCUUAAGUUGCUGCACUCUCACUGCAGUUUUGGUUUUUUUAUUUUGGUGAGGUUUAAGUCGUCAGUCGAUCGCUGGUCCAACCAUCUAAUGUAUGCCUAGAAAAACAACUAAGCGAAGCCCUCCCACGCUUUCCCUCGGCACUAAGCAUUGUAAAUAGCUCCCCUGCCUCAAGCCUAAUAUUUUAUCUGCCGUACUUGACACUCCUGUGGCUUUCCUGCUUGAAACAUCCCCGGUGUUUGGCUGUUUGGAGGUCAUCCUGGUCCUUGUAGUGUAGUCUCUUUCCUAGCCUGUGAUGAGAGCCUGUUUCAUUUGUGCUCUAGUGCAGUCUGAUAAUUCGCACUUGCAGAAUUGUGAGUUUGACCUUUUUCUGCCAUUGACAAA